AUGGCAGAGGAGAAUGGUCACAUCGAUGCAGGUCAUCCGACGGAACAGGGGGCGAGCGUGUCCUUCCCAGGCCCUCCACCACACAUCUACUCCUGCACUCUGACUCCCGAGCUGGUGGCCAAGGCACGAGAGGAGCUCCAGGAGAAGCCGGAAUGGAGGCUGAGGGAUGUGCAGGCUUUGAGGGACAUGAUUCUGAAGGAGCAGCCGAAUUUAAGGACUCGUCUGGACGACGCCUUUCUCCUGCGGUUCCUGAGGGCCAGGAAAUUUGAUUAUGACCGGGCCCUUCAGCUGCUCCUGAAUUACCAUGGCAGUCGGCGAGCUUGGCCAGAGGUUUUCCAGGACCUGAAGCCAUCCACAGUGAGGCAUGUGCUAGACCAGGGUUUCCUCACUGUACUGCCCUAUCCAGACCCUCAAGGGCGUUACAUCUUGUGUCUGCGGCCAGGUAAAUGGAAGCCUAAUGAUUAUCCAUUUGUGGACAACAUAAGGGCCAUUUACUUGACACUGGAGAGGCUGAUUCAGCCUGAAGAGACACAAGUGAAUGGAAUAGUUAUCCUUGUAGAUUACACUGGAGUAGGCUUGUCCCAGGCCUCCAAUCCCGGGCCUCUUCUUGCCAAAAAGGUUGUUGGUAUUCUUCAGGAUGGGUUUCCAAUUAGAAUAAAAGCUGUCCACAUUAUAAAUGAGCCACGGAUAUUCAAGGGUAUUUUUGCCAUAAUUAAGCCUUUCCUGAAGGAGAAAAUGGCAGAGAGGUAUGUCCUCCAUGGCUCAGACCUGGCUUCCCUGCACCGUGUUAUCCCUCGCUCGGUGUUGCCGGAGGUGUAUGGAGGUGUGGCCGGCCAGCUUGACCUGUCGGCUUGGUCCCGCACGCUGCUGGAGUCCGAAGAGGAGUUUGUGGUGGAAUUCUGCCAGCCGGACCCUCUGGAGGGGGUGCUUCUCCCGGACUCCUCGCUCUUUGAGGGGGAGCAGAACGACGACACCUUCAGAGGCCUCCGGUCCCAGCUCUACUACUGUUACUGA